CACUACACUACGCUGCUUCUGCUAUAUGCUAUGCUUAGCUUCAGCUAAUAUACACAACCCCCUCUCUAAACCCUAGCUCUCCCUCAACUUCUCUCUCUCUCUCUCUAAAUCUCUCUCUUUCUCACUGCAUAUAUUUCAAGGCUCUUGAAAUUCACCGCUUUCAUUUUCUGCAAAAGCUAGCUACGUUUCUUCUUUCUGCUGUGAGUACAUGACUUCAUCAGCUUGCUUAAACAACAUCACCAUUUCGUCCGAGAAUUUUUUGGAUACCAAGUACAAGUCCUUCGUCUGGUCCAACAAGACUACUAAACCGGAAGUUCUAGAUCCAGAACUUCCGGUUAACGAGAUGGCGGAUUUCGAAUUCCGACUCGAAGAUCCGGUGACUAUGUUACCGGCCGCCGAUGAGCUAUUCUCCGACGGAAAACUGGUGCCUCUGCAACUCUCCGCGAUACACACGGCGGCGGCCACCUCUACUUCCGCCGGAGUUAGAUCACCGGAGACAUCGAAACUACGUACGAGAAAUGAUCUCAUUUCUCGUGCGGACACGUGCUUGUUCUCUCCAAAGGCUCCGAGGUGUUCGAGUCGGUGGAGAGAACUUUUAGGCUUGAAGAAACAGCAGCACAACAACAACGACGACAAUGACAAAGAAGAAGGUAAAAGAAACAGCACAAACAACACACAUAAAUCUCUUAGAAUUAAUUUCCUUAAUCGCAGCUCAAAAUCCUCAAAUUCUUCAACCGACUCAUCUCUAAUUAACAUUCCUUUGCUCAUUAAGGACUCCGAUUACGAGUCGAUUUCAGUUUCAUCAUCUCGAUUAUCUCUUUCAUCUUCUUCCUCUUCCGGCCACGAACACGACGAUCUUCCUCGACUUUCUCUCGAUUCUGACAAACCCAGUAGCUUUAGCCACAGCAAUGGCCAAAACAUUACUAAUAAUAAUCCUCCUCGAAUUCGACUAGUGAAACAUAGAGCUUUAUCGUCAGAAAAUCCAACUAUCUGUACCAGUACUACAAGAGGUGGAGUGUCGAUUGAUGAUAGUCCGCGAAUGAAUUCUUCAGGAAAAAUUGUUUUCCAUAAUUUAGGAAGAAGUUCGAGCAGUCCAAGCAGUUUUAAUGGUGGUGGAGCAAGGUAUAAACAUGGAGGAGGAGGAAUGGAGAGAUCUUAUUCAGCUAAUGUUCGUGUUACUCCGGUUUUAAAUGUUCCAGUAUGUUCUCUAAGAGUUUCUUCAAAAUCUGGAGUAUUUGGAUUUCCUCUGUUUUCUUCUUCUUCUUCUUCGCAACAGAAAAAAGAUGGUGGUGGUGGUUCUAAUGUUAGUGUUGGAGCUGAAAAUAAGAGACAUUAUAGUAGUAGCAAGACUCGCAUAGGCUGAAGAGAAGCCUUGUUGCUGGUAAAGUUGCUCUUAUUUUAUAAGGAGAUUACGGUUCGAGCGUGGAAAUAACUUCUUGCAGAAAUAUUGUAUAAGACACCUUGUGAUCUGGCCCUUCCGGACCCCGCACAUAAUGAAAGCUUAGAGUACCAAGCUCUCUUAGAGCCUAUAACCAGUAAAGUUGUUGUCAUGUGAUAAGAAAAUUUCGAGUUACAGGCGCGCAUGAAAAUAGCUUCUUGCCGAAAUGAAAAAAUACAAGGUAAAGUCGCCUACAACAGACCCUUUAGUCCGACCCUUACCAGACUCCACACAUAGUAAAAGCUUAGUGAACCGGGCUGCCCUUCCGAGCUUAUUUUUCUGAUUCUGUAAAUAUGGAUGGAAUUAAAUAACUCUUGUUUGUUUGGA